AUCAGCACUAACAUGCAUGUGUCCUCACAACAGUGUUGCAGUAUAAAAAGAGCAGCGUGAAGCCUCUCAGCCCAGAGAGGACCAUGAAGACACUUGCUUCAUCCGUUUUCUUUUUUGUCCUUUGCAGUUUGGCACUGUGCCAGCUGAAGAAAGACAGAAAAUGUUUGAGGGAGAAGGUCAUCACAUUCCCAGAGCUGUCCACCAGCAACUGGGUGAAGCUCCAUCCGAAUGAAUCUAUGGACCUGUCUGCAAUCACCGUGUGUUUGAGAUUCUACACUGAACUAAUGAGCGCCGACCCAUGUUUUUUUUCUUUGGCUACACCAUCCUAUACUAAAGACUUUUCUUUACGUUGGUUAAGUGUAAGCAAAAAGUACGAGAUGACUAUUCAUAGCUCCCAGGUUCAAUUCGAUGGGUUGGCGUUUAACAAUAAUCAGUGGAUGUCAGUCUGUGCGACCUGGGAUGCCAAAAAUGGUCUGGCACAGAUGUUCGUGAAUGAAGUAGCCAGCAUUAAGAAGGCAGUGGGUCCUAAAGUGUCUUUUAAAGGAGACCCUGUCAUCACACUUGGCCAGUAUCAGACUGAAUAUGAUGGAGGGUUCCAACAUACCAACAUCUUCACAGGCUUCCUGGCAGAUGUGCAUGUACACGGGCAAACCUUGACCACCCGUCAGAUUAAGACCUACAUGGAGGCAAAGAGCAAAUACAAACUCGGCGAUUACAUUAACUGGCAUAAUCUGAUGUACACCACUGCUGGGUCUGCACAAGUGGAAGAAAAACAUCAUGUAACAUUCUAUACCAAAGAAGAGCAGCAAUAGUGCUCUGUUGAGUAAUGUCAUGAGAAAUGAAUAAACAUAUUGACAGUGAA